GGAGACAAGGUGCGCUUUUUAAAACAGCGUUUAAGAGUUAGUCUCUAUUUUUAGCUUGUUGGCUUUGAUUAAUUCAUCCUUAGCAUUUAAAUUAUUUGCUAACAAUCAACAACGCAGGAGAAAAUGGCCUCCGCAGAGGUGUGUGUGAGGAAGAGCAAGGAGGAAGUUGCUGAGUGGACAGGAUUGUUCCAGAGUGACUUGAAAACCGAAGAAGAAUCACUGGUGUUUGUCAAGAGGAUGGUGGCUGUGGCGGUGUCCUCCAUCACCUACCUCAGAGGGAUUUUUCCAGAAGAUUCCUACAAAUCCAGAUACCUGGAAGACUUGUGCAUUAAAGUUCUGCGUGAAGACCGCAACACACCUGGUGCCAGCAAAGUUGUGAAAUGGAUCAUGGGCUCCUUUGAUGCACUGGAGAGGCAGUAUCUCCAGAUUGUAUUCAUUGGGGUGUACACCAAUCCAGAUGAACCUAAUUGCAUUGUUGAGUCGUACCAGUUUAAAUUCAAAUACACAAAAAAGGGUCCGAAGAUGGACAUACUCAGGAACAAUGAUGAGGAAAUGAAGGUGACUCUGGAGGACACCAAGAGAGCCUCGGUGUUGCUCAUCAGGAAGCUCUUCCUGCUCAUGCAGAACCUGGGGGCCCUCCCCAACAAUGUCUACCUUACCAUGAAGCUCUACUACUAUGAUAUCACCCCUGCAGACUACCAGCCGCCCGGCUUUAAAGAGGGUGAAUGCGACAGCCUCUGGUUUGAAGGCACGGCCAUGCACUUCAAGGUGGGUGAUGUACAGACAGCCUUCCACACCUUGAGAAUGCGAGUGUCGGCGGAAAAAGGCAGGCUGGAGAAGCUGCAAGAGGGGAACCACCUGAGGGAGAUCAAGCAGGGUCCUCAGAAAAAUCCUCCAAGGAAAGAAAUCACCAAGGAUCAUCAGAAGAUAUAUGAGGAAGAGGACUUGCCUUCUGAAGAUGAGUCUGCACAGUUCAAGAAGCCUUCAAGACCUCUGGCAAAGAGAAACAAGACAGGAAAACAUCUGGUUAAGAAGAGGAGAAGAAAUUAGCUGUGAGGCUAUGAAAAAACAAGCUGUUCUUCAUUUUUAUUGAACACCGUUCAUGGUUAUGUUAAAAUUAAUUUGAUGUGAAAAUAUUUAUCUAUUUGAAACGUGUUACUCUCACAGUUCUUAUGGAAAUAGCACUAAAAAAAGUGUGCUUGAAAUGUACAAUCUGUAUGAUGAAGAUCAAUCUAAUGUUCAAAGUGAUUCAUUUUUAGUAUUUUGUGUAUAAAAAUAAAAAUAUGCUGGUUAGUAAA